AGAUUCAUAGAAGGAUAUACUGUUAUUAUAAUCCUAUUAAUAGAACUAAUAAAAAAGAAUAAACUAUUUGAAUGGACAAUAGCACAUCAACAAGCAUUUGGAAAGAUUAAGGAACUUAUUAAAUAUAUAUCAAUUUUAAAGUUAUAUAAUCUAGACUUAUAG